AUGGCACCGAAAAGAAAAGGACCUUUACAGUUGAUUCACAAAGACGUGGACACGAUUAAAAAGAAGGUUGAUUCUUUAGCGACUGAUGUGCGAAACAAGAGUGGACCCACCUCAGAUUUAAUCCAGAGGUGCCAAGAACUGCAGAUAAAUGGAGAAAAGACCCUAAAAGCACUUAACGCAUUGACAAAGGCAGAUGAACCAGCCCCGGUUGGGAACUAUGAUCAGAGGAAACAAGAGGAAGUAACAAAACUGCAGAACAUACUGAAGCUUUUGGAGACAUUGUUUUUGGAGCUGUCACCGCCAGGACCCAGCUCGACGACAGAGGACAUAACGACUGAAGCUGGUGAGAAAGAGGAGGAAGAGGCAGACGACAGUAAUGAGAUCAGUGAUGAGGAUGAUGAUGAAGACACUGAGGAUGUGAGCCCCUCUCAGUCAGACCUCCGCUGUUACACCGUCCUCAGUGACUUCAAUGGGGAACAAGAAGGAGAUCUGUCUGUGAAGAGAGGAGAAGUUUUGACCAUUAUUAGAAAAACAGCUGAUGGAUGGUGGCUUGCCCAAAACGCUGGAGGAAGCAGAGGAGUAGUGCCAAAAACCUUUUUAAAAUUUGGCCUCGGCGUGAGCGAAGAGGAAGAGAGUGACGAUGACGAAGGUGGCAGUGAUGAAAUGGAGGACGUCCCAGAAAAAUCAGAUGAAGAAAAAUGUGGAGAUGCCGAGAACAGACAAAGCACUCCUCACUCCAACUGGUCUACGGUGAGAAAAGCCUUGUCUGAGAUCGAUGCGACUGACGUCCUCUCUGCCAUGGGAGCGAUACCUUCAGGAUUCAGACCAUCAACCCUCAACAAACUGCUCACAGAAGAAGGCAUAAAAUACAAAGGAAGUCAUUACCUCCAGCCUGAACUCAGUGAAUCCCAGCUCUCGUUUAAAGACCUCUUCUUGGACCCAGACUCGGGCAGAGUCCGCCCUCGACAGGUUAAAGUUAACGUUUGUUUCACUCUGUGGAGCUGUAAGCAGAUUCCGACGCCUGGAGUGGGAGUCCAGGUCCUCAGUCGACACGUCCACCUCUGCGCCUUCGACGGGAAUCAGGUGUUAAGUAACAUCCACACGGUCAGAGCGACUUACAGCCCCAAGAAUCCAAAGACCUGGACCUUCUCACCGAGGAUGACGGGGAUCCUGCCCACUCUGCUCCAUGGAGACUGUUUUCUACGCUCCGACUCAUCCUCUCCGGAUCUCGGCAUCCUCUUUGAACUGGGAGUCACUUUUAUAAGAAAUUCAACCGGUGAAAGAGGAGACCUGAGUUGUGGCUGGGCUUUUCUGAAGCUGAUGGAUGACAGUGGAAACCUGCUUCCCAAUAGAACCUACGAACUUCCAGUUAACGGUGGGACGCCCUAUGAGAAAGACGUGGCAGUGGAAGCUUCCGUCAACAAAGGAUCCCCGACCGGUGUUUUCCAGCAGAUGCUCCAGUCCAGACGACAGCCCAAACUCAUUAUUAAACUGAAAUCUGCCGACAGCCGCACCAGGACACAGCUGAGCCUGCUCCCAGACACUCUGCUUCACUGUCUGAGCUGCGUCCACGUCCUGACUCUGCACAGACAGCUGCUGGCCGACGCCCUUCUGAUGGACAGGCCCACGAUGCAGAGCGCAGAUCUGAUCUGCAGCCCGGUUCUUGCCACGUUUCCUCAGCUUUUGGAUCAGCCCGAUCUGCUGGAUGCUCUCAGGAGCGCCUGGAUGGACGCCGACUCCAGCAUGAGCAGAUCACAGCGGAGAAACCAGUCCCACGUGAAGCAGGAGUUCUACAGAGUCUACAUGUCGUCUGUCUACUUCCUCCUCCACUGCCCCGCGCUGCCGAGCUACCGCUGGGCCGACCCCACCGCGGAGGAGCAGAGAGCGCGGGUCAUUUACACCACACUGGACUCACUCAAACACAAGCAGCAAAACAGCGAGACACUAGGGGGCGCUGACGUCUACCUGAGCCCGGACCACGAGCACCUGGCCUUUGAUAUCUCAGAGUGCAGCUUUGACCUCCUCAGUGUCGCAAGGUAA